AUGGGUUCAACGCUCUCCCAAGUGUGGCCACCAGCGCCAAAGUUCACAGAGCGAGAUGUACCUGAUCAGAGUGGAAAGGUCUUCAUCAUCACAGGCGCAUCCUCGGGCGUCGGCAAAGAGCUGGCUCGACUCGUUUUCGCCCUCAACGCCAAGGUCUACCUCGCCAGCCGCUCCGAAUCAAAAGUACGGCAGGCAAUAUCAGACAUCCAGACAGAGAAUCGCGACUCCAAGGGGCAACUAGAAUUUCUUCAGAUCGAUCUUGAGGACCUUGAAAGUGUGAAGCAAGCCGCCCAAUCGUUCUUGCGAAAGGAAAAGAGGCUGGAUAUGCUUUGGAAUAACGCAGGUGUGAUGAUACCACCGUCCGGGUCGAAGACCAAGCAGGGAUACGAUAUGCAACUGGGUGUUAAUUGUCUUGCCCCGUUUCUUUUCACUCAACUUCUAACUCCGAUCAUGAAAGAGACGGCCAAAGGGGCAGAAACUGGCUCGGUGCGGGUUCUCUGGGUCUCGUCCUCUGCCGCGGAGCUCUUUUCUCCCACUGGCGGUGUUGAUCUAGACAACCUGAACUUCCAAAAGCCGCAGUCGAAUCAUGUUCGAUAUGCUGUUAGCAAGGCUGGCAUGGUGCUUUUGGCGCAAGAGUAUGCUAAACGUCACCGCGAAGAUGGGAUCAUUAGUGUGGCUAUGAACCCAGGGAAUUUGAAGUCAGAGUUGCAGCGACACGUUCCAGGGAUAGUGACAAGAAUCUUCCAUUCAAUGAGCUGGGAGCCAAUCUACGGGGCCUAUACGGAGCUUUACUCGGCGUUCUCUCCUGAUAUUACCGUUCAGAAUUCCGGCUGCUGGGUUAUUCCCUGGGGGCGAUUGGCCCCGGUACGAAAGGAUAUCCGAGAAGCUGGCAUAGGAAUAUCGGAAGGCGGAACUGGGAACGGAGAAAAGUUCUGGGUUUGGUCUGUAAAUGAACUUCGUGCUCACGGGGCCUAA